CGUAUGAGCUUACAAAUCAAGACUGUGAUAAGCGUAUUGUGUAAGCACACGUGAAAGUGUUACGUAAGCGUGCUACAUAAGCGUGCGCGAUUUUUAUGUUUGGGAUCUUUCUUUUGAUUGUCUUCCGUUUGAGUUCCAUCUUAACAUUACGCAUUAGUAAUGGGAUAACCGCCAUAUGAUUUGAGUUAUAUUACUAACCUCCAAAGCUAUUCGCUGCCCCAUGUCAUUCACAUCAAUGUCGUUGCCGUUGAGAAAUUCAAAAUUAUUAAUCAGAAAAACACCAUUUUUCGCUCGUUAUUUCACCUCGCCAAGAUCUAUAUCCAGUAGUAUAAAAGAGGACAAAAUCUAUCAGCCAGUCUUUCCAUCAAAAUCCAACCACUCCAACAAGUCUAAUGGUAGUUCCAACAAUAAGAGCAAGAGCGACACAACUAUAGCUGAUCUAUGGGCAAAAUAUAACAAUAUUCCUAACAAACUAAGAUUAUCAAUUGCUAUCUCUGUGUUCAUAUUAGCUUUGGGUGGUAAUUAUAUGUCAUCUAAGAUUUAUGAAAGAUUAGAAAUUUCAGACUCAAUUAAUAAAAAAAGAGCUCAGUCCUCCGCUAUAAAUAACAAUACCGACAGUUAAAUUAAUUUGAAUUUUUCUAAUAAUAACAAUCAUGUUUAUAUAUAUACUAAUAUUGAUAUGUUUAUACCCUGUAUAUUUUUCAUUUCUAGCUGAUAUUAUAUAUAAUAAUAUAAUAUAAUAUAAUACAAUACAACUCAAGUUCCUGCUCUUUCUUCUUUCUAAAAGAAAAUAAGCUUUUCUCUUUAUAUUUCUCUUUCAAGUCAAUUUAUUUCACCGUUGUAUUAUUGCUAAAAUCUGAUUUAAUCGUGGUUCCACACAGCCAUCAUUUGAUUGGCUGUAAUUCAUUGCAGAUACCUCGUAAAUGAAUCUCUAAGAUUAGUCCGAUUCAACUGGAUAUGUUUAUUCUACAUAUUCCUGUAUCCUUCUAUUUUUUCUACUUGUCUAUUAGGCAUAUUACACUAUCAAGGAAACGACAAUACCAAUCCCUUCUCGAUCUCAACAGAUCAGAAAGGGUUUGGCUCGAUCAGG